AUGGAAGCAGUUCUUUUCAAUUCUCAAACCCAUCUCUUUACUGGCAAGCAUGCUGUGCCUAAUCUCCAAUUCUGUAAGCCGCCAUCGUCUAGAACUCAAUUAUCCCUCAGGAAAAAAUCUUCUGAGUUAAGUGGGAGGAGAAUUUAUUUAUUAAAAAAGCGUUCUUUCCGGAAUGGAAUUGAAAGAUUUUCAUUUCAACAUUUUUCGGAUAAUCUACCAAGUGUCUGUAGAAAUGUCAAGGCCGCUGCAGCUGCUGAAUCUUUGAAUUAUGAACACUUCAUACCAAAGACUGAUAAUGGACCUGCACGGGAUGUCAACAAAUUUGGGGUUUUUGAGCCCAGGAGCAUGGCAUUUAGGAAUAAGUUCUUGAAUUUUGUACGGAUCGGUUCCAUAAUUAAUAAUGCUGCAGAAUCGUUUUUCAAAAGUGAGAUAAGGAGGCGGUUGUUUGUGACUGCUACACUAUUAGUAAUGAGCCGUGUUGGAUAUUUCAUUCCAUUACCUGGUUUCGAUAGGAGGUUGAUACCGGAAAACUACCUCAGCUUUGUCUCGGGGUCUGUUGAUGAACUUGGUGAUUUAACGCCAGAACUUAAGCUUUCUCUUUUCCAGCUUGGAAUCAGUCCUCAAAUAGGUGCAUCAAUCCUAAUGCAGGUGCUUUGUCAUGUGAUUCCUUCAUUAGUGAAGCUGCGGAAGGAAGGCUUAGAUGGUCAUGAGAAGAUCAAAAGUUAUAUAUGGUGGAUCUCUCUCGGGUUUGCAAUACUGGAAGCUGUGAUACUUUCUUGCUAUUCACUUCCAUAUUCGAUCUAUGCAGCCAGUCACAGGGUAAAACAUGUGACAGUGACGACUUUGCUGCUGGUGUGUGGUGCAAUGACUACGACAUGGAUCUGUGACAAGAUUUCAGAGUCUGGAUUUGGUCAAGGAUCUUCUUUGAUUAUCUGUGUGAGCAUUUUGACUGGCUACACGGAUACGCUGUACAAAAUGUUAACUCAGCUCACAGGAAGUGCUUUGAGCUGGUGGCCCUACAUACUUACAGUAGUAGGAAUUUUCACUGUAGUGACUAUGUGGGCAGUUGUCGUAACUGAGGGUUGCAGGAAAAUCAAGCUGCAAUAUUAUGGUUUCAAACUUGCUUCUGCGGCCAGAGAAGAUUCUCCUAUGACUGAAGUCGAACCAUAUAUCCCAUUCAACAUAAAUCCUUCCGGAAUGCAGCCUGUUCUCACUACAUCAUAUCUCCUGGCGUUCCCUAGCAUCCUUGCAGGUCUUCUUGGCUCACGCUUUUGGGAAUAUGUUAGAGAUAUCUUGAAUCCUGAAACUUCUCGUGGUGCAGAACCCUGGGUUUUUUAUUCAAUUUAUGCAUUCUUCGUGUUCCUCUUUAAUAUAUUUGACAUUGCCAAUAUGCCGAAGGAAAUUGCUGAUUACUUGAACAAAAUGGGUGCAAGAAUUCCAAAUAUAAAGCCUGGGAAGGCUACCAUUGAGUAUUUGACACAGAUACAAGCAUCAACACGCUUUUGGGGUGGCUUGUUGCUAAGUGUUUUGGCUACUAUAUCUACCAUUCUUGAUCAUUAUUUACGCAGUAUCAAUGAGGGGUUUUCUAUAGGAUUCACUUCUAUUCUAAUUAUUGUGGGUUCAAUCAUCGAAUUGAGAAGAUCCUAUCAAGCCUAUAACGUAAUGCCAAGUCUAAGCAAAGCAUUAAAUCGGUAUGGUGUGUGA